AUGGAAGACUCGAACUUACUCCCACCCCUACAUGACUUGUUCUUCGCUAUUCCGGCCAAGGAGUCAUCAUCUCCGUCCGGGAGCCACAAUGAAGACGGCGAGCUAUUUGGAAAGCUGUGCGAGACACCGUCGACAUAUGACAAUAUUCCCAUUGGUUUGAGCAGCGAUGAGCUUGAAGAAACACCUUCAUCCGGAAAUGAAGAUGAUAAUCUUUCGACGUAUUAUACCGUGACGCCAUCAAUGUGUGGCGAAAUCCCUAUUGUUCUCAGCACCAACAUCUUGUCAACGGACGAGGGCAAAGAAUGGAAAGAUUGCUCGCCAAAAUACGAAGAGUCCAUCCCACAAAUUGUGGUGACAACCUCGCCGGAAAAUGAGACUGAUCGCCUGGGCCAGAAAUCAAACCGUGAAAAACCCAGUUCGAGUAUCAUCGGUAAUAAUAAACCGGGCGGCGGAAAGACAGUCGCGAUGAACGAGCCCUACCUUCAGAACCCGAUCAUAUCGCAUUACCAAGAUUCUGGACAUCCACAAUUUUGGUUGCGGCUAUCGUUGUAG